AAGUAAGCACCUCCGUAGCAUGUUCCACAAAUAUAAUAACCUUUUGAAGCGAUACCCGUAUCGUACCAACAUGGCAACAACCGGGAUCCUCUUUGGAUUUGGUGACGGAUUGGCCCAGCACUUUUUCCCUCACCAAAAUGAAGAUGGAACCGUACCCGCCUACGAUUACCACCGCACAUUGAGGUGUUGGUGCUACGGAACGUUUUUCUUUGGCCCAGCGUCAGUCUUCUGGUACAUUAAGACGUUGCCUCGCAUGGUGAAUCCGUUUGUCCCUGCCGCCUCCAGAAGCACCUGGUCAAGCCGCAAAAUCAACUUUUUCGAUAUCUCUUAUCGGCUUGUGGUGGAUCAACUCUUUGUACCGGGACUCGUAUGGAUCCCCAUGUACAAUGUGGUGUUGACGGUGUUGACGUUACAGGAGCAUCCGCUUGAGGUGGCAUAUGAGAAGCUCCAGCGUAAUUGGUGGAACGUUUUGACCACCUGCUGGACGGUGUGGCCUGCUUUUCAGGUGGUCAACCUCACGUUUGUGCCGGUACAUUUAAGGACGGUGGCAGCCAAUUUCUGCUCCAUAGGGUGGAACUGUUUCUUGAGUCUGGUGCAUAAUCUGAAGACCCAUUUUAAAAGCAAGAUCUUGGAGGAGAUCCAGGAAUUGGAUGAUAGUGCAACGAAUUUUUCAUAGGGCAGAUAGCAUUGAUAGAUUAAUAGAAAGGGUCCAGUUGGAUCCAUGGUAUGCAACCAUUAUAAAUACAGGAAGGGCUGGU